AUGGGUUGUUUAAAGCUACGAGUUCAACCAGAAGAUGUUAUAAUAAAUUGCUCUAAAGGUGUUACAAUUCCUCCUCCUAAAGGUCAUAAAUGGAAAGAAGUUCGACAUGACAAUAUGGUCACUUGGCUUUGUUCUUGGAAUGAAAAUGUUUUGUUCAGUAACAAAUAUAUAAUGUUAAACCCUUCUUCAAAGCUUAAAGGCCAAAAAGAUUGGGAAAAGUUCGAAAAAGCGCGAAAGCUUAAAGGCUGUGUUGGGCCAAUUCGAGAUCAGUAUUUAUUAGACUUUAAAAGCAAAGAGAUGCGAAUACGACAACGUGCAGUUGCUCUUUAUUUUAUUGAUAAAUUUGCGCUUAGAGCUGGAAAUGAAAAGGAUACUGAUGAAGCUGCAGAUACUGUUGGUUGUUGCUCUCUUCGUUGUGAACAUAUUAAAUUACACGAAGAAUUGGAUAACCAGAAAUAUGUUGUAGAAUUUGAUUUUCUUGGAAAAGAUUCAAUUCGUUAUUACAAUCGUGUACCUGUUGAAAAGGCUGUUUUUAAAAAUUUGAAAAUUUUUAUGGAAGGAAAGGAACCUGGCGAUGAUCUCUUUGAUAGACUUGAUACAAGUUCUCUAAAUGCUUAUUUGAAAGAAUUAAUGGAUGGAUUAACUGCCAAAGUAUUUCGUACAUAUAAUGCUUCAAUUACUUUACAAGACCAAUUGGAUAAAUUAACAAAUCCUGAUGAUACAAUCCAUGCAAAGCUGCUUUCAUAUAAUCGUGCAAAUCGACAAGUUGCAAUUCUUUGUAAUCACCAACGUGCAGUCCCUAAAACUCAUGAUAAGGCUAUGGAAACACUACAAAAUAAGAUUAAUGAAAAGAAGAAAGAAUAUAAAGAAAUUAAAGCUGAACUUAAGAAAAAUAAAAAUGAUGAGAAAUUGCAGAAAAAAUAUACUCGAGUGAAAGAACAACUUGUAAAAUUAAAAACACAGCAUACCGACAAGGAUGAAAAUAAACAAAUUGCAUUGGGCACAUCCAAACUUAAUUAUUUGGAUCCAAGAAUAUCAGUUGCUUGGUGCAAAAAGUAUGACAUCCCUAUAGAAAAGAUUUACUCGAAAACUCAACGUGACAAAUUUCGAUGGGCUAUAGAUAUGACAAAAGAGGAUUUUAUUUUUUGACAAAGAACAAAGGAUUGUGUUUUUUUUAUCAAAAAAAGGUUUUUUUCAAUAUUUUGACUUACAAACGAGAAAUCCUCCAAAAAAUUAUUAAUAUGUUAUAAUUGAUUUUUUUUCGAUUUUUUAAAAUUAUUUUGUGUGUUUUUAUAUUUUGUAGUAAUUUUGCAGCUCUAUUUUAUAUACACAAUUAUUUAAAAAUGGAAAAAAAUACUAACUAGUUCAUGAAAAAAUACUAUUAAAAAAUAAGGUGUCGUGUUUGUUGUUCUUUCUCUCUAUUCAUUCUCUACUAUUUCUCAUAACUAAAUCUAAAAAAUUUCAGAAAAUUUUUUCUUGAAAAAAUUGUGUUUAUCGUAAUAUUAAGCAUUUUUUAUUGUAUAAGUUUACGGAUAAAUUUGUAAUGGAUGGUAAAUAUUAUAAUUUGUAUUACUUGUUUUUAAUUAUUAAAAGGAGUAAUUUUGUAGGUAGGAUGUGCUUUAGCCUGCAGGUUUCACUUUCUUUUAGACGAAAACUCAUAAUUUGC